CAAGUUCCCCCAGUAAGUGCGAAACCCCCUUCUUCAAGUUUUGUUGACUCUCGUGCCGCGACGGCGUUGGCCACCGGAACCUUCGCUCUCUCAGCCAUGGUGUACAUAACUUCCUGGGACGAGUUCGUCGAUCGAUCGGUUCAGCUCUUUCGCGCCGACCCGGAAUCUACGCGGUAUUGCAUGAAGUACCGUCACUGCGAUGGGAAGUUGGUCCUCAAGGUCACGGACAAUCGGGAGUGUCUAAAGUUUAAGACGGACCAGGCACAAGAUGCUAAAAAGAUGGAGAAGCUCAACAACAUAUUCUUUACCUUGAUGGCUCGUGGUCCCGAUGCGGAUGUGGCCGAAGCUGCGGGCAAAGAUCAGAUGGAACCACAGGCCACCAAGAAAGGGAGAGGAAGAAAGCAAUAGUUUAUUUGGCUGACAAAUAUCAGUAGGCUUUUUCUCUUUACAGGACUCAUGCAUGACCAAGAUGGAAAUUGUUGAUCCCCAGGAAAGGGGGAAAAGGACCAUGAAUUUGACAUAUCGUUUUCUUUUUACCAUUAGAAUACCCGUUCCGCGAAAAAGAGAAAGAAGUCGAAAAAUGGAAAAAGGACGCCAUUAUUUUUGUCGGCAUUAUUUUCUUUAUUCCCCCUUCAGUAGAGGAAUUUGCGCUGAAAGGGAGUGUUGAUGAUGAUCUUGCUACUUCUGAUUUUGCUGGGUUCGAGAUGGCUGGUCUUGCUUCUCUUGGCUUGAGGUUGGCUUCAUGUCCCUGUAAUUGGAGACCAUCUUUGAAAAGGGUGGGGAGACAAUUAAAUCCAAUUUGCAUGAGAUGUCUCUUUCUUUCCGUGA